AUGAUGGACAUUACCAACGGCGAAGAUCCCGCAUCACCUUUCCGAACUCCAAUUAUCAACAUAACCGGACACAACGCUGAGGGCAGAGCAAUUGUACAGGAAGUAAUCAACGAGCCCCUUCAGGCAUACAGAGGAAUGAACACAAGACACACCCUUGUAUGGACAGGAGCAUUCCCUCCAGAUCUCAAUGACGAUGCAGACCUCAAAGACUUUCAAAAGGCCAAAGCACGGAAUGAAUUAGCCAUCGUCAGACCAGGCGGCGUCGUCUGCCGCAUUGUGGAUUUUGGCCCUAAUAACAGGGUCAUGAUGCACCGGACACAGAGUCUGGACUUUGGCGUCGUCAUGAAUGGCACGAUUGAGAUGGAGCUGGAUGAUGGUCAAGUUACGACACUGACUGCGGGAGACGUGGCUGUUCAACGUGCCACGAUGCAUGCGUGGAGGAAUCCUAGUAAGACGGAAUGGGCGAGGCUGUUGUUUGUUCUGCAGGAUAGUAAGCCCUUGGAGAUUUGUGGACGGAGGUUCAAAGAGGAUUUGGGUACCCUUGGACAUCAGGUUUUCCCAGAUAGUGGAAACGAUGUAUAA